AUGAUAAGACCAAUAGUUAAAGAUUCAAAAUUUUAUGAAUUAUAUUAAAAAAUAAAAAGGAAAAUUUUAAUUGUAAUAGUAUUAUUAAUUAUAAUGAUAGUAGUAUGGUCAGAAGAUGGCUAUGAUUAAAUUAAAGCAUGGAAAGAAAGAAUAUAAUUUAAAUAAGAUUAUGAGAAAUAUAGUAAAUGAUUCAAUAGGUUGAUUUUAUCAUUGCGUAUUUAGAUACCGAAUAGGGGAAGUAUUUUUAUUAAUUUAAUUUUUAAGGAAUCUUACUCCAAAAUAAUUUGGAGAAUUGCUUAAUGAAAUAACCAUAAAAGAAAAAAAAUCAAAGUUAUAACAUCAUCUUAUAAAGAAGAAGAUUUAUGAUUAUGUAUGUUUAUAAUCUUAAAAAAGGCAUUUCAAACUGUUCUAAUUGGAUGUUUUGGUUUAUAUAAAAAGGGAUUGAAGAGUUAUGAAUUUUGA